CUUCGCGAUCAGCGCUGGUGCUGUUCGUGUUAACAUACCCACUCCCUCUGCAAAAAUUCGGUCUGGACUUUCCCAAGUAAAAUAAUCAUAAUCGAAAAGAAAACCCGCGAAAUCCAAUGCAGUUAAGUAAAUGGCAUUUAACUCUUUUGCAAAUGUAUAGAAUAUAAAUAAAUAAGAUAAAAACCUACACCCGAAAAAAGUUAACUUAUAUGAAAUUAAGGACAAAAAUAAUUAGCUAAUCUACAUGUACACGUAAGAAUAGAUUCAUCCCUAUACCCACUGGAAUAUUUAUAGUAUCGUGGAAGCUUAAGGUUAGUGUUCAACCUCUACUACCAGCAAGCACCAUUUGUCAAUGUGCUAAGUGUUAAGGAAAACACGCUGCAUGCCGGGAUCCAUUUGUUCGUACUUGGACAUCUCAGAAGGGGUAGCAAACAAAUAUUAGUUCACCCUCAGCACAGACGUGUUUCUCUCCCUCCGUGCUCGGUGGACAUUGGGGCCUAUCAAUACGAUGGCCGGUACCGGUUUAGCUACCCGCUUGGUCGUCGGGGUAGUGUUGCUUGUUGGGAUCAGCAAGGCCUGCGGAGGGACCAUUGAUCGGCAACGACCGUCUAAAAGCGGAGCGUGUCUUCUAUCGAAGCCGUUAGAGAAUGGCUACUACAUCGACAUCACCGCCGGCGAGAGACGCCUGCGUGGCAGACGCGUCAAGCCCAACCAUGUCAUCGAAGCCCGGUGUGAGCCAGGCUACGGGAGGCGAGGCGCCAAACUGCGGCGAUGCGACGAUUCGACAAUGACAUUCGACAGACGGGCUCCCGUCUGUGAAGACAUCGACGAAUGUUUUUACGCUGGUCUCCUUGGUUCCAAUGAUGAGAAUGAUAGCUGGGAGCCGUCGGAGGAAAGUUCAUCGAAUAGUGAGAGCUCACUGUUUGAUCCCCUGCUGGUGGUCGACCUUUCGUUGCUACCUGCGGUCAACUGUCACAGCUUGGGACGUUGCGUCAACACACCAGGGUCGUUCAGAUGCCAAUGCAACCGGGGCUUCGAAGGGGAUGGCAUCCAUUCUUGUCAAAAGAUUGUCGAGAAGGCAUGCGAGCAACUCCAGCCCCCAUCCCACGGCUCCAUGACAGGGGAUCCGACUCGUCUAGUGCACUUCUCUUGCGACGAAGGGUACCGUAUUUACGGUGCCGACACUCGCAGAUGCAUGAAUGGAAAAUGGACGGGUUUGCGCCCAAUUUGUGAAGUGGUGGGAUGCGGUGAUCCGGGAACGCCUGCUCAUGGUUUCAAGGUUGGCAGAAACUACGACAUCAACGGGACUGUUAGCUUCUUCUGUGACGAGGGCUACGAGCUUGUCGGGCAUAAAAGCAGGAUCUGCCUGGACGGAGGCGACGACCCGUGGUCAAAACACUUCUGGUCCGGGGUCCAGCCUGUCUGUAGAACUGUUGCACAAUCCGUGGCUGACAUCGCGCAGAAUAUCCAGACGGAUUUUGUCGACCGCCUGGAGGUCUUCACCCACUCCGGACGGGGCCGGCUGGCUGUGUCGGACAACAUCGGCCUGGACCUUGUCUUCGCGUACGACACGUCGUCCAGCUUGAAUCGUGUCAAUUUUCAGCGGGGGAUCAAUUUCACCGAGAGUCUCCUCAAACAGUUUGGUGUUUCGUAUGAAAAAGGUGGAACCAGAGUUGCGGUGGUAUCUUUUGCCGACAGGGCAAAUAUCGAGUUUACUUACGGGAGCGACGUGGACACGUUUGAGAAAGUGAUGGAAAAAAUAACCCUGUUGAAGGACAAUCUCGGUGGGGGCACAGCGCUUCGUGGUGCACUCGAAAGAGUGCUCGCCUUGUCGCAGGACAUGCGCAAUGAAUCAAAGAAGGCAUUGUUUUUGAUGACCGACGGUGAAGCUACCGUCGGCAAAGAUCCAGCUGCAAUCGCCGAGAGUCUGAGGCGAGACUACGGGAUGGAAAUAUUUUUGGUGGCAGUGGGCCAAUCAAUCGACCACAGGCAGCUCCGUAAAAUUGCUUCUCAGCCGUACUCCACCCACGUGUUCCUCUUGGAGAACUUCGAGGACCUGGAGCAGCUGACGGCGAUUAUCUCGGAGAAGGGAGCAGAGUACAAACGCUGUGGCCAGGCAGGGAACCUCGAGCUACCUUACAGCAGCGGGAGGCAAGUCGGGAAAAAGGACGCCAACCCAAGGGCGUGGCCCUGGCUCGUCCAGAUUGUGGCGCUCACCGAAGACGGACCGUUCCUGCAAUGCGGGGGCGCGUUGUUGUGUGAAGACUGGGUCGUCACGGCUGGUAGUUGUGUCUGGAAUGAGACAGGCCUUCGAGCAUUUCCAGCUGAAUACUUUCUUGUUCGCUUGGGCUCCCAUGAACUGGGGAUCCAGGAGGACACUCAACAGUACGGUGUGGCUGAGGUUCGCCUGCACGAAGACUUCUUCAUAUACAAUCGCGAUAAUGACGUUGCCCUACUCAAACUGAAUCAGUCAGUCAACCUCACUAGUGCCGUACGCACUCUCUGCAUCCCGUCAGAGAUCGAGGUUAUCCGGUUGAGGUCUAGCAGCCAGUGCUACAUAGCCGGCUGGGGCAUCGUGGACCCGAUCAGGGACGUGGGGAACAAUGACAGCAUACCUCCGGUGUUUCCGCAGCAGCACAUAAUUCCCCUGGUUAACGAUAACGACUGUAGGGAAGAAAUGCACGAAAUGCCGUUCCCGAUCGACAAAAAGAAGCUGUGCGCAGGGACGAGGUACCAAGCACCGCACGGGGCCUGCCGGGGUGACACAGGGGCAGCUCUCGUGUGCAAGCAGAUCGACGAAUCCUGGGCAGUCACCGGCAUCGCCUCCUACACGAACGAUUGCACGGAAGCCAAUAAGUUUGCCGUCUUCACACGCAUCAGCGAGUUCAUACCGUGGCUGCACCGGCAGACGGCGAACUGCACGAUGAAAUACGAGGUACAAUCAGUCGGCGGCUUCCAAGAGCAGGCCUUGCAAAAUACAAAGUAAACCUUCCCUUCCUUCAAAAAUUAAUACGGAAACAAAACAAACCUCUUUGACAAAUAAGCAAAGUUAAGGGAAAAAAUCAAAAUAAUGAAAGCAGAAAAGACAGAAAUUUUCCAGGUUGUUCAUACAAUGCUGCCGUUUCACUGGAGGUGAGAUCAGCGGAAAAGUGUACCAGACACUACGUAAGAUUUCUUCAGCGGAGGCUCCGUGUAUUUUUUUUCUACAUUUGCCUAUUCGAACUAUAUAGUUAGCCCCAAUUGUUGCUCGAACUUGCCCUAAAUGGGCAUCACGAGGAACUGCUCCGUGGUAGACUGAGAGAGAUCUUUCGGUUGUGACUUGUCCUGUGAUGGAUUACACACGCAAAAACUACCUAAUACCUAUACUUGUCUCCCACUUCUGUUUUCCGGAGU